AUGGGUGCCAUUCCAUGGCAGUACACAGAAUACCCUUCUCUCUAUGGCGGGCCGUGCAACGUAAAUCGAGACGCGUCUGUGAAGCCGACGGAUGCGACAAUCUUCCUCUAUGCCCACCGCGAGAGCGAGAUUUUCAGGCCGGCUUUGGAAGCGGCCUCAGCAUGGAGGUACUGCUGCAACCCAAGCCAGUCGAAGCAGGGCCCGUUCAACUUCAGGUGCGACAUUUGCCAUGUGAGCACCCGCACCGUUUCUGACCUCGACGCGCACCAGGCCGGAAAAAUCCACAAGAAGCGUUUUCAUCUCGAAAAGCUUUGGGAGGCCGCACUAGAGAAGGCGGCUGAAAAACCCAUUCUGCAGGUUACCUGCAACCUGCACUUGAUGCGAUCCCAGGCGCCGCCACCGCCUCCGCCGCUGCUCCAGAG